ACCACUUCUGUAAAAAAAAAUUUGCCAAGAACAAUCAUGAUCAUAGACCGUUAUCACCCACGUCUUACUGCACAGCUCAUGAUGAUGAUGACUGUGUCACUAUACUAGAAACUCAAGUUCAAUACGAUUGGGUCAGUCAAAUGCAAUGUUAGCAUUCAUUUCAAGAAACGCUGAGGCUUUAUAAGGUAUUGGUCAGACUACAUUUGGAGUACUGUGGGCAGUUUUGGGCCUCUUAUCUAAGAAAAGAUGUGCAGGCAUUGGAGAGGGUCCAGAGAAGGUUCACAAGAAUAAUUCAGGGAAUGAAAGGGUUAAUGCAAGAGGACUUUUUGAUGGCUCUGGGCCUGCACUCACUGUAAGGUAGAAGAAUCAGGAGAGAUUUUUAUUGAAACCUACUGAAUAUUGAAAGGCCCAGAUAGAGUGGAUGUGCAGAGCGUCUCUCCUUGGAUCAGAAUGCGCAGCCUCAAAAUAGAAGGAUUUCACUUUAGAACAGAGAUGAAGAGUAAUUUCUUUAGCCAAAAGGUGGUGAAUUGGUGGAAUUCAUUGCCACAUAUGGCCGUGGAAACAAGUCAUUAGGUAAAUUUAAAGCAGAGGUUGCUAAGUACUCGGUUAUUAAGGGUGUCAAAGGUUAUGGUGAGAAGGCAGGAGUUUAGGAUUCAGAGGAAAAUAAAUUAGCCAUGAUCAAAAGGUGGAGCAGAGUCGAUGUGCCAAAUGGCCUCAUCCUGUCCUUGUGUUGUCUGGGCUUAAUAUUGACCUUUGCCGCUGUGCAUGAGUUUACAUGUUCUCUCCGUAACCUCAUGGGUUUCCUGGGAUGCUCUGGUAUCCUUUCACUUACCAAAGACACGAGAAGGUUAAUUGCCACUAUAAUUUGUCUCAUGUAUUUAGAUGACUCUAAAUCUGGGACGAAUAGUUUACCACGGAACUGCCCCGUGGGCUCAUUUCUGUUCGACGGGCUGAAUGGCCUUCUAUGUUGUAUGUUAACAUGAAUGAUCGCCUUGCUGCUCUUGCGAGCUCGCUCGUUGCCGUACACUGCCGGAAUGACUGGUGUUCAGUGUUCCUGCGGGUCGUACUGUGGUGAUACAACUCCACCGCCAAAGCACGCUCGACAUUACCCGGGCCUCAGGGUUGAGCAUAUGUUUCCAGUCGGGCUGGUUUCGGGUUGCACUGCUUAGUGGCGGCUGCUUUAGCGGCGUUGUCCCCUUGGCUGCUGACUUUCUGGUGGUGAUGUGUUGCUACUCGCACUCCUGGCGUUGAUCGCAACCAUCGCUGGUCAUCUACAUUAAGGGCAGCCUUAAUGUCUCGGCGCCUCCUCGCUGCGCCCGGCUUGGGCCGCUCCGUUUCCAUAACAACCGACCUCUCACCUCAAGGGAGGAGAGGACAAUCGACCUUCAGAGGCUGCUGAAUGCCCUCCCUCGGUCUGACGGGGCCAGGCUACUUGAGUUGAAUUUGGAACCGGUGCAGACGGAGGCAAUGUGGCUGGUGUGCAGUGAUCUUACACAAAGUGAAGAAUCUGUGAAAUCGUAACAUGGUCAUCAAGGUGUUUUUUCCAAGCUGCUGUCCAGAAGCAGAAAGUGGCUUACUGCUAGGUCGUUGGAUUCCAGAGCAGAAUGCUGCAGUUGUACUUGCAAUUAUUCACUACCCUUUCAUCCCAGGCCAAGUUAAGCAGUAUCUCGAGCAGAUUAAGAACGUGACUACCGUAGAUGUCUCAGUGCUCGGAUCCUGGAACAGCUAUAGUUCUCGGCCAAAAGAAAACCUUGAUCAAUUCCUGCAGGAUCUGAGCUCCAUCUUUCCUCAUGAGUUGUGGUUCCAGUUAACGCAAGAUAAAGAAAACAAAUCAGUAUUCGAUUGCCAUGUAGAUCGACAGUGUAGUAAGAAUGACAAGGAAAACGUUAUCUUAAUUCACUAUGAUCAACGCAAGGUGAUGCUGUCAAAAUUGCAUGAUCUGGAAACUAAAAUCUUCCAGGAAAACCACAUCACUGGACUGGAGUCAGAAGUCAGUACCUCAGAUUUUGCUGAAAUUUUUGAUACUGUUGCUAAAUGUGAACUUUUGUUUAUGAUUGAUAAAUAUGAUGAAACUCCAAUCAAAUUUACUCACUGGCAGUCUGAAGGACGAGAGGCUAGUGUUGUUGUGGAACUUACAAAGCAAGCAUCUGUACCUGUGUGUAUGGUUCUUUCUUUCCUGGUGAAUUUUGUGUUGAAUUUCUGCAAAAGCAGAGUAUUAAACAUAUGGCCUCUGCAUAUCUUAUGGAGUAGGCUUUCAACAUGUGCACAGCUUGCACAUCGUUUGGAUCACUUGCAGACGAUUGCAAGUACUACAAAAGCACAGAAUCAUGCUGAGUUUAUGAGAAAAGCCAACCUCUUUGUUUCAUUCCUAAUUGACGUGGGCCUUGGAAUGUUGCUGAUCUCGUGGCUUUAUCAGCAGAAUCGUAUCGGCCAUUUAGCAGAUGCUCUCAUUCCAGCUGCUGCUCAUAUUGCCAAAGAGUUGGAGAAAUUGCUAGAGUGGCUGAUGGGAGCUCCUGCUGGCUUGAAGAUGAACAAAGCGCUAGAUGAAGUACUGGGACAUUUCUUUCUUUAUCAUAUUCAUCUAUGGAUAAGUUAUAUCCAUCUGAUGUCUCCAUUUAUUGAAAUGAUCCUGUGGUAUGUUGGACUAUCAGCGUGUCUUGGCUUGACUGUGGCCUUGUCCAUCGUUUCUGACAUUAUUGCACUCCUGACAUUUCAUAUCUACUGUUUUUAUGUAUAUGGGGCCAGAAUCUAUUGUUUGAAGAUCUACGGCUUGUCAUCUCUCUGGCGAUUGUUCAGAGGGAAGAAGUGGAAUGUUCUGAGGCAGCGUGUGGACUCCUGCAGUUAUGACUUGGAUCAGCUGUUUAUUGGAACAUUGCUCUUCACUGUUCUCCUAUUCCUCUUGCCAACCACGGCACUGUAUUACCUUGUCUUUACACUGCUACGAUUGGUGGUGGUAGUUAUUCAGGGUCUCAUUCACUUGCUCAUGGACUUCAUUAACACCCUCCCAUUAUUUGCAUUAGGACUCAGACUGUGCCGGCCUUAUGUCCUUGCAGCUGGUGUUAAGUUUCAAGUUUUCCAGAAGGUUGCUGGUAAACCUCUUCACUUAUUGAUGCAGAUUAACCCAUUGACCUAUGGGAUGAUAAUCAAGUGCUACAGACUUCCAACCUACAGAUGUUAUCCAAAGGACUCAUGGGCAGCGCUUUGUAAGAAGUUGUUUGUUGGGAAACUGAUUUAUCCAUGGAAACGCAAAACUGGAAAGAAGACUCAGUAAAUACACUAAACGAGAGCAGUCUUCAUGUUCACACUCAGUUUCCUGCAUUGCUGUAUGUUUUAAAAAUGAUAAGUUUUUCUUUCAAAUAAGAUUGAACUGCUAUAUUUGUUGAAGAAUGAAAACUUUAAACAAUUACCAAAAUUAUGGUGCCAAAUUGCCAGUAGAUUAACAUAAUACCGCAGUUUUUUUAAAUUGUGAAAUAUAAAAAUAUUAAAGUAUUCAUAUCUCAAAAUACUUUUUCAUACUUUGCCUCUUCUAUCAGAACAAGUAAGCUUUUCCACUAACUGGGUAGGUACAAAUUCUGCAAUUUAUAAGAAUGCACUUCAGUUUGCUUUAGAAAUGCAAUGUUGUUGCACUGUUUGUAAAUAAAAUCAUGUUUCAUUCAUUAAGGGCAUGUGUUUCCUUUCUAUAUAUAGUGACAUGUGGUAUGUCAUGUAUAUUGGUUCUUUAAAUGCCCUAUAAAAUGCUCAUUUUACCAAGUAUUCUGAACCAUUUUCUUAAGAUCUCAUCAAAUUGAUGCAAUCAUCUCUAACUUGAGAAAAUCGUAUACUUGCAUUUUGGAGUAAUUUAAAACAGAAACUCCACUUUUUUUAAAAUGAAAACUAAAUUUCUGCUAAUUUGAUGUAAUAACCAUGUGUUGCCCUGUAAUGGAACAAUUUAACUGCUUUGUAUUUUCCUUCCCUCCUUGAUUACAAUGUGGUUUUCCAGAUGUACUGAGGAAGGCCUCAAUGUUAGGCAUUCUAUACCAAAUACAAUGCUUAUAAAAUAUUUCAGAAAUAUACAAUAUUUUAAUAUUGUAUUUUACAGCACAAACCUAUUGCUAUUUUAGUGUUCAAAAAUACAUAGUUGCUUCUCUGUGCAAUGUGACAUCUAUAGUUCUUGGCAACUGCCUGAAAGAGAUAUUUCUCGGCCAGUCGUUAAAUUUUGUAGACAAGCUUUUAUUGUCUUUUGAUCUUGUAAUGUACCUAACAGAUUGUAAUGUGAAUAGCUACAUUGGCCUGGAAUUUCCUGAAAACUCAUACUGAAACAAUAACAUCAGAAAUGUUGUUUAAUAAUGUAAGAAAUACUUGCCUGGAUUUUCUGCAAAAGCUCUUCCAUAAACUUCAGUCAUUUACCAAACACAGGUCAUGCAAAAUCCUUGAAUUUUUAACAGGUGUUAGUAACCAAUUAAAACCUGAAGAACUUAAUGCAACAAAGUUCUGUUUCUGGUGUUUAUUAGCUUGGAAUUUGUUUUUUCCUUUCUUGUGCUAAAUGCACAAUAUAGUAGCUCUAUGUUAUACAUCUCUUCCAAAAUUUGGUUUCAUUCACUUCACUGUGACAAAACUUUUGAAGAAGAAUAUACUGUAAUGGACAGUCACUUUCACGGUGGUCCUUUGCCAGAUGUGUAUAAACAAUAUGCUGUGCACGUUUCACUAACUUCAGUUUUCGUGAAGUGAUUGGAACAGAGAGAGUGUGGUGUAAGUUUUGCAGCUUCCAUCAGCCUAAUUACCGUAGAUUCCGGACUACAGAGCGCACCUGAUUAAAAGCCGCACGCUCUAAUUUUAGAAAGAAAAUCAAUUUUGUACUUGUACAGGCCGCACUGGAUUUUAAGCCGCAGGUGUCCCACGUUGUAAUAGGAGAUAUUUACACAGAAAGAUAUUACACGUGAGGAUUUUUUAACUUUUAAUUAAAUCCGUAUGGUAACAUAAACAAAUAUAUAUUGCAAAUGCUUUUUUUCAAACAGUGCCUGUAACACAGCUACUUUUAAAUAUACAUACGUAUCGGUAGCACACAAAUUACGUUGUGUAUACUUUUUUACUGAACAGUGCACGAACAACAUUCCAAUAUCUCCUAACUACUGGUAAAAAAAAUAUAUACACCGCAGCCUACCAGGAAAAGUUAUUGAUCGCCUUCUUCAUCUUCCUCCUGCGCACUAAAACCAUCAAAGUCCUUCAGUGUCCGAAUUGAAUAAAACCUCAGGAUCUCGUCACUCACUUCAGUCUCUUCGUUGUCGCUCUCACUUGAGCGCACGCGGUCCUCUUCAUCACGCAGCAGUCCAGCCUUUCGAAACCCGCUGGUGAUGGUGGAUGUUGUGACAUGGCUCCACGCAUUUAGGAUCCACUGGCAGACUUGAGUUAAAGGUGCUCUUCGCAUGUGUCCUGUUUUGGUAAAGGAUUUCUCGCCGCUCGUCAUCCAAGCCUCCCACUCAAUGCGCAGCACCACUUUAAAUGCCCGGUUCACGCUGAUGUCCAGUGGCUGCAAAUACUUCGUGGUGCCCCCAGGAAUCACAGCUGGAAUUGAGUUUGUACUCUUGAUGGCAGCUUUCACUGAACUUUCAUUGACAGCCGCUUAAAAAAUCACCAUCGGUGGAAGCUUUAGUCCGGAUGCUGUGCAGCUCAGAACACAAGUAAAAUGCGUUCUCUCAUGGCCACUUGUUUUCAGUGUGAUGGAUGAGUCACCUUUUUAUUAACAGUCCGAGUGAGAGACAGGUCAAACGUCAAAGGUACUUCAUCCAUAUUUAUGAUAUCAUCUGGCCCGAUGGAAUUCUCCGCUAUCUUUGAGUGAAUGUGCGGAAGUUAGCAAGCUUUUCCUCGUGGUCGGGAGGGAGCUGCUGACAGAGUUGUGCAUACCCUGACGGACAGGCCUUUUCGUCUCAUAAAUCUAAAACACCACGAUGGCCCACCUCUAAAAUCUUCGAUUUUCAUUUUGGUGGCGAUUGCUUUAGCCUUCAGUCUGAUCUGCACGGUGGAAACACCGCGGCCGCCUGCUCUCUGUGUGUUAACCCAGUCUUCAAGAAAGUUUUCAAGUUCAGGCCAUCUGCUAUGAUUACCUCUGAAAGCUUUUGUCGUCUUUUUGCAUUGACUCAGUUCUUCACGCUGGCGUCUCCACCGUCUCACCAUCGAUUCAUUUAUGCCAAGAUUAUGUGCAGCAGCUCGAUUUCCUUCUUCAACCGCCAGAUUGAUCGCCUUUAACUUAAAAGCUGCAUCAUAUGCUUUUCUUCGAGUGUUUUCCAUGUUGAUGAGGGUGAGUACAAAUGACUGAUUUACAAUAAUUUAAUUGUGAAAGUGCGCUUGAUUUAUCGUACAAAUUCAUUGGACCUCUGUGAACUACUCAUCAAUUUUAUUGGUCUACUGUUACGAGGCAAAAUGUUUUUGGCGGCAUGAAAAAAAAGCAUGCAUUAGCCGCACCGUAGCAUAGGCCGCAGUGUUCAAAGCGUGGGAAAAAAGUAGCGGCUUAUAGUCCGGAAUUUACGGUAUUCAUGAGGAUUUUCCUUUAUCCGCCUUAUUACAUUCUGUUUCUAAACUUAAUGGCAGAUGGAAAUGAGGUUCUCUGAAAGUUUUAUGAUGCAAAUUUCCAAUGGGAAAAUCAAUGUAAAUUGUCUGAUUUUAUGCAAUUCCAGUCCAUUAAUAUAAUCAAAAUUAUUUUUCUUCUGAAAAUGUUACUUUCAGAAUUGUACUACAAGGUUUUGUAAAAGUCAAGUUGGUGCCAUAAAUUAAAUUGAUUAGUAACCAUAAUGAAUAAAACCUCUCAAUG